ACUCAAGUUCAAGUUAUACUGCCAGUAAAUUAGGUAUUUUUUUCUUAAUUCACGUCUAAUUAACGAGCAAUGAGAAAGGAAUUUAUACUAGUACUGCUAGGUAUUAUUAGUAUUUCUACGCUAUCAUCACUUUUAUCGGGUUAUGUGCAAAUUGAACCAGAUAAAAUUCUGCUAGACACUGUCGUUGGCAUCGUUGGUGCUGGAAAUUUUUCUUAUUGGCAGCUAGGCCACACAGGGCCUUUAUUAAUAGAACUAACGUCUCUCACUGGUGACGCAGACCUUUACGUGUCAGAUUCGGUCAGGCCAAGUUAUGAAGUGGACAAGAAUAAUUUCAGCUCUGCAACCUGUGGUCCUGAACUGGUUAAUAUACCAUUUGAAUUUCCACGACCCAUUGGAAUAGGUGUAUUCGGUGACUGGUCACAUGCGAUAUCAGAGUACAGCAUACAUGUGUUCCUUGACACAUCAGCCGUGCUCAGCGAAGAGCAGCUGCUGGCUAUAGAGCGCUUCCACACCAACCCCGAUAGAUCUGAUAACACGAAUCAACGGACCAGAGAAAAGGUUGCCUCGAGGAAGACGGACGAGGAGAAACCGAGAUUUAUGAAACUGUUAAAUAUUCUAGAUAUGAUAUUUGAUAUGUUGGUUUUGUAGUUUGGAUCAUUUUAUAUCAAAGAAAACCUUUGUAAAUUGAUUUUGUAAGUCACAAG